AUUGAAUAAUUGUGAAAUAUCAAGCAUUGUCCAAAUGCACUAUGUGCCCAUUUUUGAUUGGUGCAUUUUGUGCUCCUCAUAUCGUACCGACCAAAACGGGCAACCAGAGCAGCAGCGAAAUACAAUGAACCUGAUUGGAAAGGAAAAAGAAAAAAUAUGAACGAAACAUUGGUCGCAGUCUCACACAUGCGUAAUUCUCGAGCCAGCCAGUCAGCUUAAAAAUCCCCGCUCCGCUGCCGUAACGAUCAUUCUCAUCCAAAUCAUACACCACAUCGUUUCGCAUCACAACAUAUCCAUGGUGCUACUGACACUCGACCGCAACGGUUAUGUUUUUAGCGCCAUUCUAAAAGAGAAUCAUAGAAAUAAAAGUUUUCUCCUACAACCGGAUGCAAAGCUUUUUUCAAAGCUGUUUUCGGUCCUAAAUAUAGCGUUUCUUUUAGCAACAGUUGUCCGGACAUCAGGAAAGGAGGAAGCAGCCGAGAAGCCCCCAACGGCCAUUCAGGAAGUUGGUUCGGUCGGAUUGGCAGUUUUCACUGCCCCUUGCGUGUCCCGCUGUUUGCGCCCGUCUCAUCAGCAACGUUUUUCCUGCCAGUGACGCGCGAUUUUGGCGCAAUUUCUGCUUGAACCACCAGCAACUCAGGAGGUGUGAAAAGAGGUUUUCUUCGCUUCGUCGCUUCGAACCGCUGCGGCGAUUGCCCUGCCGUCGGCGGUAUCCGGUCCCUUCCCCGCUACCCCACAACCAUUUGGUGGUGUAUUAGGAGUGGUUCUUCAACACGAUCGGUGAGUGACCAAACCUUUAUUAAUACCAGGAGCUAGUGAGAAAUAGGACGCCCAUAGGGUAUAGGUUAGGAAAAUUUUUUACUACAUAUCCCAAAUUGAUUUUAAUUUAACUGACAUUUAAAAAGUGAUUUUUUCCAAGUGUUUUUAAAAAUAGUGUUUUUCCGCCAAGUGAUUUCGGUGUUUGUUCUUGUAACUGCGUUGGCAUUGUCCCCCGCCGUUACUGUCCUCCGCCGUUUUCGUCCCCCGUCGCACGUCGUAUAGUCUACUUUGGUUCGUGAAUAUUUUUCCGCGCCUGGCUGUAUUUCGAUAUAGCCAGGCCCCGAUCAUGGCUUCCAGCAGCUCCGGCGCCGGAAGGCCAACCAAUAUUUACAGAGGUGUUACCACCACUCGUACCUUGCCCAGGUGGGCUGAUCCUUUUGGUGGCAACUUGCAAAUAUUACUGUUGAGAGCCACUGAAGGUAACAUUCUCCCAUCGAAUCCUUUCACCGUUUCCAAAUCGAUCCAAGGAGUGAUCGGUACGGAAUUUAAAGACGCUAAACCUCAACGCGACGAUAAAAAUCGCCUUCAAUAUGCGCUACAUCUACGAGAUGAAAAACUCGUUCAAUUGCUUCUGGGUACAAAGUCGCUGAUCGACGAAACACCCAUUGAAAUUUUAUACCAUCCCACCUUGAACCAACGCAAAUGCGUUGUGUCCUGUCGUGACGUAAUGUUCUUAAACGAAGACCUCCUCCUAUCUGAAUAAGCCGACCAAAAUGUGAUCGGCGUUAAAAAAAUUUUACGAUUUGACCCAGUCUUGAAGGAAAGAGUUCCUACUUCAACCAUGAUCCUCACCAUUAACGGAACAGUUAUCCCUGAAGCAAUUAACUUCGGAUUCCUCCGUGCUUCAAUAAGAAACUUCUACCCAAACCCGAUGCAAUGCUUCGGAUGCUUCGCUUUCGGCCACACUUCCAAAAAGUGCGCCAAAAAAAUCCAACUUUGUCGUAACUGCGGUGUAGCCCACCCUGAACUUAACACAAAUAGUAAUGAUAAGGACAAAAUUAAAAAUUUUAUCUGCAAUGCACCUGCCUCUUGUGUGAACUGCAAGGGAAAUCACGCCUCUACCAGUAGGAAGUGCCCAGCGUGGAUCGCAGAGGAUAACAUCACCAGAGUCCGAAUUGACCAAGGUGUGUCAUAUAAGGAAGCUAAAUCCAUUUUUGAGAACAAAAAUGGUCCUUCCUUUGCUAGUAAGCUUCAAGAAAGACUAGUCAAAAUCCAGAAUACUGGUUGUUCUCAAUGCAAAUGCAACUGCAAUCAGGCUAAGCAAACUUCUUCAGAAAAAGCAGUUCCAAUCCCGUCCAGUAAUCCACAGGAAUCGGAACUCAGCACCUCCUCGUCAGAUUCAGAAAUUUCUAUGGAAAUUGAAACUACCCCCUCCAACAAGAGGAAAAAUACAAACAAAAGGUCAACCUCAGAUGAAUUCAAAUCAUCAGAAGAGGAAAUUUUUAGAGGAAAAGAAUCCAAUAGGAAGAAAUCCAAAAACCAAAAAUAUAACUCCACCCAACCAGCCAACGAAUCCAAACCAUCCACUUCCUUCCAACCAUCCACUUCCCCCCAACCAUCCACUUCAUUCCAACCAACCACCGCAUCCAAAACUAAAACCUCCAACCAUUCAAACAAACCCACCCCACCUGGCAACAAAUCAAUUGCCAAAGUUUCCAAAAAUGAUCCUAGACUGAAGAACAAAUCCAGCAAAUCUACCCAUUCCUAAUCUCAAGUCGUCUGAUGAGGAAAACAAGCAAACCAAAGAAGUCCAACGGAAACGGACAAGGAACGAACAAACAAAUCAAAUAAAUGAAAGAAACAACACACACACACACACACACACCAACAAUAAACACCCACAUAACAACAAUAAACACCCACAUAACAACAAUCAACAAUCACAUGCUAACACUCUAUACCACUCCACUCCAAAUAAAAAUAACACUAACACAAAUAACACACACACCAGGAAAGUUUCCAGCCCUCCAAAGGGUAAUAAUAAGAACAAAUAAAUUAUUCCUUCUAUUACAUAAUUUUAACCUCUGAUCUGCAGCAUUUUUAUAUCAAUCAAUAUUGUUUUAGUUAAGCCGAACGGCCCGGAGUUGCCGUCCACCUUAUUUUUGAGGGAGGUAGGAUGGACGGCGGCUCCAGCCCUCGAUCUCUUGAUACUAUUUACCAUACUUUUCAUAAAAUAAUUCAUAAAUCGAAAGACCUGGAGCCACCUUCCGCCUUGUUCAAGGAGGGAUGGGACGGAGGGCGGUCUUCAGGCUUUCACUUAUUCAUAUUAUAUUUAAUCGGAUUAUUUCUUUAAAUAACUUUCAUAAUCGUAGGACCGGAAACCGACUCUCACCUUAUUUUGGAGAUGGUAGGGUGAGCGGCGGUUCCUAGUCUAAUAUUAUAUUUUCUCUAAAGGCCGGGAGUUGUCCUCCAUUUCACUCAGUGGGAUUGAUGGCGAAGACUCACGGUUGCAGACACCAUAAGGACAGCACUAUCGGACGACGCCGUCGAGCAAAAAAGGACCAUCGAGUUCCUAAAGGAUUCAGCAAAAGAUGAGCAGGUUUUUUACGCCCUUUUUAGAAGCGAGCUCGUCAAGCACACUAAAAGGGGCUUUUUCCCUGCUCCAUUUGUUUGGUUGUGUUUUUGGCCCCAGAGCCGUGUAGGGUGCGGCGAUACGACAUACAUCCAUAGCAGUUACUAGGACUGAGUCGAGCGAGAAUAACGAUUUUUGCAAUAGUUUUCUUAGUUUUCCUUCAGUUAAAUUUCCCGCCCUCAAGGGCAAGAGACGAAUGAACUCUCAGAGUUUAAAGUCUCUCUAAUUCAUUACCAUUACCAUUACCAUAUCAACAAACCAACACAAGCAGCCAUGUCUGAACAUGACAAAGGAGGAAAAGUGAAGGGAAAGGCAAAAUCCCUAUGCCGAGCGCGUUAGUACCAGUGCUCCAGUCCACCUAGUCGGCGUUAUAUAGUUUCGGCCGCCGAAGUGAUCGAGUUGGCUGGCAAAGCUGUUCGCGACGAUAAGAAAAUCCGCAUUCAGAACAGACCACAUUCGGUUCGGUGGACAUCUAGACAAGAAUAGGCAGUUUCAGCGAGUGACGAGCAGAAGAUAAAAGUUUGUUCUUCAUACAAACUGCUUUGGUGGCAAAUCCAGAACAAGGCAGCAUCGAUGGCGUUCGAAAUGGUUUUUUUUCAAAACCACGAGUACAAAGUUUUCUAAAUUGGAACCAUUCCAUAAAACACGGCGCUUAUCAGGGCCAUUAAACCUUUCAAAAAAGAGUUUACGAAAUACAGUUCAAGGCAUUCUAAAAUAUUAUCCAAAAUAAUAAUAAAACACAAAUUGAUUUUUCAUAAUUUGUUUGCCAGGAUAUGAAGAGUAUGAGAAUUUUGCAGUUGUGCUGAGCUUAUUGAUGGUUGGGGACUUUCUCGAUUAUUCAAUUUUCACCAAUUCUUAAAUUGCUUCCAGAUUGAAAGUACAGUAAUUUUAGUUCGAUAAUUAGCUAAUUGGAUUUUUGUAAACUCUAUGGGGGUCCAAAUUAUGACCCAACAUGUCCCAAGCUGGAUGGGAAGAAAUUUUCCAACUGUGAAAGCUGUACCACUGUCAUCGCAAAUGUUCAAUUACAGGUUAAAAUCAUCUCCAAUGCGACACUGAGUGGUGCUUCGGCAAGUCGCAUUAAAUGUAAUUUACAGUACAACAUGUCCCAAGCUGGAUGAGAAGAAAUUUUCCAACUGUGGCGAGUGGCAAACGCACUCGCUAAACAGGAAGGUUUGUGAAAUGAAAUGAAAUACAGUUUGCAUAGAUAAUAAAAUAUAGUGGUUUUGAAUUUAAUGGUAUAUAGUAUAGCUGAAAAAUGGAGAGGUUUGUUUAAUGAAUUUAUCCUCCUUGGUGAGUGUGGCUGUAGGAAUAGGAAGUUGAUUAAAGUAUAAUGUAAUGGAUAGAAGAUAGAUGUGGGUAUGAAAGUAUAUAUUAUAUUAUUUGUUAUUUAUUAUUAUUGAAUGCGUGUAUAUACAUGUAUGAAAACCUUCCUUCCGACCCGUACAUACAUGUGUAUACACACAUAAACACGCAUACAUGACUGUGAAGUGGCGAACUUUAAUAAGCAAUUUCCAAGGUAUUUAGUAUUUCGGUUUAGAUUUUACCAAAGAAGUCGGUUUCUUUCAGAAACGCAAUUAAAUUGGUUUCUUGGGUCUCGUCUCUACUGAGGAUAUCUCGGAGACUCUGACCUAUGUUGUGUCGGACUCGAGCAUCUUUGGUAUGUUGACAUUCAAGUAAAAGAUGGCUAACGGAAACCGGAGCUUCGUUGCAAGCACAUUGGGGUUUUUCGGCUCUGCAGAACAAGUGUGAGUGGGUGAAGUUAGUGUGUCCAAUUCGAAGACGGGUAAGGACUUGCCUUUCCCUACUAUUGAGACGGUCCUCCCAAGGGAGAGUGGAAUUUUUGAUUUUAUGAAGAUGAGUGGGACGACUGUUUAUCCAACCUAUGUCCCAACUUUCACGGACUUGCUGUUUUACCCAGCGGACAAUGUCAGAUGGAGGACAGGGCAUGUCUGGGGGUUCUAUUUUGCUGCCCUUGCCGGCCAGUAUGUCGGCGGCUGUGUUUCCGCGGAUUCCUGAGUGACCAGGAACCCAGCAGAAGGAGAUGUUUUUAUUUGAAGCAGCCUCUUCUGUUUGCUUAAUCCAUGGGUGUUUGCUGUUUCCACUUAGAAGAUCGUGGAGACAGCUAGCUGAGUCUGAGAAUAUUGUGGUAGGAAGAAACUCA